UUUCGGCGUGAGCGUACUCUGCCGCCCGCCCAGAUCGCCAUGCGUAACGUACUACGCGUUGUUACAGUGCAGUGUUGGUAAUCAUAAAUUACCAAUAUUCUUAUUGGUAAUAUUAGUUCUAGUGGUAAUAGGUAAUAAGAUGGCCCGUUGCGAUAUUACUACGUUUCAACUACAUUAUUACAAUGUGUAAUUUCACUAUGGCCGGCUUAGAGAUUUUGAAUGGUGGAUUGCGCAUACAGUACUGACUGAAGACAAUCAGUCAUGCGAUAAAUUAACUGUGAUAAGUAAUUGAGUGAUUCAUUUGUGUAAAAGACAAAGUGUGAAAUACAUAAAGUGUAAAAUAAAACUAAUUUUGUACGUUAUGAAAAAAUGCCCAAAACGGACAGGACGCUGACCCUUACAUCAGUUUAAACGGCAAACAGUAAAUACGCAGAGUGUGACAGUGUCAGGUGGCGAUGAGGCGGGGGGCGGGUGUGCCCCCGCGCCUCUUAUCAGGAGAUAAGGUGCCGUGGUUACCGAUAGCGGGCAGGUUUUCGACAAACUGGCUCGAGGCAUCAGCGUGACCAGGCCGCUUGGAACGAAGCGGCCGCCGCCCGCAAUGCUGCACUCACUGAACGCACUCGCCGGUAAAAUAUCGCCGGGCGGCGGCCUGGACAACAACGCAAAUAGACACACGCACCCCAACAGGAACCAUAAGGCAUCAUCGCCAUCAUCACCCUACUCCAAGCCCAAUGGGAUGAAUAUGAACAUCAAUAACAACAACAACAACAGCAUAAAUAACAAUAACAACAAUGAAGUGAAGGCCGAUUUGCCGGACCCUGAUUAUAUUAAGAUGUUCGUCGGUCAAGUACCUAGAAGUAUGGACGAAACCGAUCUUCGACAAAUGUUUGAAGAGUUCGGCAGAGUACACCAGAUCAACGUGCUAAGGGACAAGAUCACGGGGGCCAGCAAAGGGUGCUGUUUUGUGACGUUUUUCACGCGCAAAGCAGCGUUGAAAGCGCAAGACGCUUUGCACAAUAUCAAAACAUUGAGCGGGAUGCACCAUCCAAUCCAGAUGAAACCAGCUGACAGUGAAAAUAGAAAUGAACGCAAGCUUUUCGUGGGCAUGCUGAACAAGAAGCUGUCGGAGAACGACGUGCGGGGUUUAUUUGCUGGACACGGAGCCAUCGAGGAGUGUACGGUGCUGAGAGAUGCGCAGGGUCAAAGUAAAGGCUGUGCCUUUGUCACAUUCGUAUCUAAGCAGGCGGCGAUCGCUGCCAUCAAGGCAUUGCACCACAGUCAAACGAUGGAGGGUUGUUCAGCGCCACUAGUUGUUAAGUUUGCUGAUACACAAAAGGAGAAGGAACAAAAGAAGCUGCAGGCGAUCCAAGCGAGCUUAUGGAGCUUAUCGGCGCCUGUGGCACCCACAACAUAUCUCGCUUCGGAAGCGGCACUGUCCCCAACGCAGUUGCAACUGUUGCAGCAAAUCCAAGCAGUUGGCUUGCAGCAACAGUUGAUGCAAGGACAAGGAUCAACUUUAUUGCAAGGUGUUAACUAUCCAGAAAUCGGUUUCCCUGGCGCAGGCCUGAGUGGGGGUGCUGUAAGCGGGGUCGCGGCCGUCAGCGGGGUGGGCGGGAUCGGUGGGGGGGCGGCAGAUCAACUCGGCGGGAUGCUGGCACCGGUGUCGGUGCAGAACUUAGCAGCUCUGGCCGCGAUGGCGCCGUCUCCUGUGGUGACGCAAGCGGCUGCUAUGGCGCCCGCAGCGGCACCACAGCCUGCCGCGCCACAACUGUGUCUUCUCGGGAAGACUAACAUAACAGGGUCAGCAGCAGAACCGCUGGGCUCAGCUUACGCGGCUCAGUUCGGCACGUUUGCGGCGGCGCCGCUCGGGUCCGUUCUGGGUUCCGCGGCGGCUGCAGCAGCUGGGAAGCAGGUCGAGGGUCCGGAAGGCGGGAACCUGUUCAUAUACCACCUGCCGCAAGAGUUCACGGACCAGGACCUGGCGUCCACGUUCAUUCCUUUCGGACACGUGAUAUCGGCCAAAGUGUUCAUUGACAAACAGACGAACCUCUCCAAGUGUUUCGGUUUCGUCUCGUACGACAACGCACCCUCGGCUCAAGCUGCCAUACAAGCCAUGAACGGCUUCCAAAUAGGUACAAAGAGACUCAAAGUUCAAUUGAAACGUUCUAAAGAACUAUCGAGACCGUACUAGAAUAUUCCAGAACGCGUUCCUAGUGAAUUUUUCAAAAAACGAAUACACAAUGAAGUUGAAAAAAACAAUUGCAAAAAAGGUUGUAAGAUUCCGAACGUUUGUUGUGAUGUAUCCGGUGCACCUGAACUGAAUAAUAAUAGGUCAUAAGGUUCCUUCGAAAACGGGAGUCCAUGUGCACAGUUGUUAACUAAUAAGGUUAAGGUUUGUGUCAAAGGAUUUAUCGUUUCCAAAGUAUUCCCCAAAUUGUUUAUUAUUAUAUUAUUGAAAUAAUUAUUUUAUAAGUUUUAGUCACACUAAGCAUAAGUUGAAUUCGUUUCGUAACCGAUACAUUCAUGUUUGUGGACGCCAAAGAACAGAUAGUAUUUUUAGCUUGUUUUUGUUUGUGGCAAACGA